AUGGCUACCGUGGGUCAGUUGGCUAUGGAUAAUGAAGCUCCACGUACAGAUCAGCUGCGGGAUGGACGGAGGGAUCGCUGGCGUGCUCCACAACUGGGAACGAUCAAGAUUAAUGUUGAUGUUGCGGUCCCUGCUGGUUCGGUGAUGGGCUACGGUUAUAUUGCCAGGAAUUCUCUAGGACAAGUUUUAGCAACUGCAGCUUCAAAGUGGCCCAUGGCGACAUCAGUGGCACUUGCAGAAGCUAUGGCAUUGAGGUGGGAUUUACAACUUUCUUUGGAGCUUGGUUUCUUUAAUGUGGAGGUGGAACUUGACAGCAAGCUUGUGGUAGAUUCCUGGAGGAACCAUCGACAGCAAGCUUCUUAUUUAGCUUUAGUGAUUUCUGAUUCAGUUUUUAUUUCUCAGUCUUUCUAUCGCUUUUCUAUAGCUCAUGUGUUGCGAGCUAGUAAUAUGGCUGCAGACUUUUUAGCCAAAUUAGCUUUGUCUAGUUACUGUUUUGUUGGGAUUGAGGAGUACUCUGUCGGUUUAGAGACGGUGCUUUCCUCUGAUUUGGUUUCAUCUUGA